CUCUCUCUCUCUCUCUCUCUCUCUCUGUUUGCCAUAAAUAAAUAUAGAAAACCCAUCUCGGCUUUCAAGCCCACUUUUUCACCUUUAGAAGAAGCUUUAAAAGUAGUAUUUUGAGCUUCUCUCUCUCUCUCUCUCUCUCUCUCUAGUACGUGAUUGUGUGAGGUGAGGUGUUUCUUCUUUCAUGGCACCUGCAGCAGCAGCAGCAGAUUUGAUGAAAGAGGAGGAAGAGUGGUGCAGCAGCAGCAGCAGCAGCCACUUGAAGAGGGUUGUAUGUGUAAUGGAUGCAUCAGGGCCUUUGGGAUCCAACCUCGUCCAACGCCUCCUUCAAAUAGGCUACACCGUCCAUGCAACCACUACUACUACAACUUCUACUCAUUCCCAUUCCCAUUUCCAGUGUGUGGAUGAGGAGGAUGAGGAAGAUCAAGGACUAUCAUCUUCAUCUUCAUCUUCUUCUUCAUCCUGUGAUGAGAAGGAGAAUAGGUUGAGAGUCUUCCAUUCAGACCCAUUGGAUUACCACAGCAUCUUGACCGCUUUGAAGGGUUGUUCCGGCCUCUUUUACUGCUUUGAGCCCCCAUCUGACCACCCUUCCUACGAUGAAUUUCUGGCAGAAGUGGAGGUAAGAGCCGCCCACAACGUAUUGGAAGCGUGUGCACAGACGGACGCCAUGGAGAAGGUGGUAUUUACCUCCUCUGCCACUGCUAUUAUUUGGAGAGAUGGCCGCAACACAGCCCCAGACAUUGAUGAAAGAAACUGGAGCGACAUCAAUUUUUGUAAGAAAUACAAGCUGUGGCAUGGAGCGUCAAAGACACUGGCAGAGAAGACGGCAUGGGGACUAGCCAUGGACAGGGGUGUGAAUAUGGUGUCUGUAAACGGAGGGAUGUUGAUAGGCCCUCCUGCUCUGAUGAACAUCAACAACCCCUAUUUGAAAGGAGCUGCUGAGAUGUACGAGGAUGGGGUAUUUGUGACCGUAGAUCUGAGGUUUCUAGUUGAUGCCCACAUCUGUGUGUUCGAAGACGUGUCAUCCUACGGACGAUAUCUGUGCUUCAACAAGGUCAUCAACUCCAACAUUGCUGCCCUUAAGCUUGCCCACAUGCUCUCUCCACCUGCUCACCAGACUCACAGUUUAGAGGACACGAGAGUCUACCAACAGAGGAUAAGCAACAAGAAACUUGAAAAACUGAUGGUUGAUACGGAUUUGGAGAGUGACACUACCAAGUUAUUUGAUUUGCAGACAGCCGUCCAUUAAUUUAUUUGUUGCUUUUACAUAUAUUACAACAUGUUUAAUAAUUUUAUUUUAUAUGCACAAGGGCAUUGUAUUUGGGUUUUAGGCUAGCAGGCUGGGCACCAGGAUGAGAAGGGCUGAAGAACCUAUGUUCCUGCUGCACCCAUAUAUUAUUUAUUAUUCUUAUUUUUUUUUUAUGGAGAGAUAGACAGACAGAUAAGUUGGUUCCUAUUAGCAAUGAGAUAGCAAAACAAUUUCAUUUUGUGCCCUAGAUGGGAAUCUCCUACACUGUUCUGUUCGCCACAUGCAAAUUUAAUUUGACCCCUUCACUGAU